UUCUAUUAGGACGGCCUGGGUUAGUCCGUUCUACCGCAAUACUGCUCUAACCCGUUUUUACAGGACAGAACAGGACAGGACCUGCGCAACGAGACCCAACUCGAUCCAUCCAUAUCUCCAACUCGGCGAGCGCACACUCUAACUGAUUGACUGCACCCGGCCCAACCAGCAACCAGCAACCAGCUGCCAGCCAACCAUCACAUCCCAUCCACUUUCUCUGUGUUCUCUACAUUGAAUUAUAGCUAGCAGCUAGCAACUCGACGCUACACUACACCAUCCAGACCCUUCUCCUCUUACUCUCAUUUUUCUCACUCCCACGUCCUCCCCCCCCGUCGCUGGGAUCUCAUCGACCGUCGACAUCAUCGUCUACGCCCGAUAACCACGCAUUACGCAUCUCCACUCGCGACAACAACAACCACCACCACAACAACGAUUUCACUGUUGACCACCGACCGCCUUUACUUAAUCGUGGCGAUCAACCUGACGCUGUCGCCCUCGCCCUAAGCUGCUCGAUUCAGCUUCCGCAGCAGCCAGUCAGUCAGCGCAAUGGAUCCUCAGUGGCAGCAAUAUCCCUCCGCGAACUCGCCUGGCUCCUCGAGACGACACAACGGCAAUACCCAAGCCCCUCGAGACUACACCAACCAGCCCCCGCCUCAAGGCGGAUAUAAAUACGACCAGUUCCACGGUGGCGCCCCCGUCCAUUCUGCUGCUGCUCCGCCUGCUUCUGCUCCUGUUGGUAACCCCAACUCAGUCGCCUCUCCAAUCUCACCUUCGCAGAUGCGCGACGGCAACGGUGACGUCGCUAUGCACGAUGCUCAUGAUGCUCAUGCUGGUAUCAAGUACCCCAUGAGGCCCCUUCAUCAAGCUCACAUGUCGGGCAGCCGCCCCGUCAACCUUCACUCACCUCAAGAGUCUUCUUCCGUCGCUCAACGAUACUCGCCCAUGGAGGCGCUGUCCCCCACUUCACCUUACGCGCCCAAGUCGGCUUCAAACAGCCAAUUCACAAGCCCGACCUCCCAGCGACAGUCGCCUACACGCCAGUCUGAUUAUUCUCAAUCUCCAUAUUUUCCCGGCGCCCGCCAACACCAGCAAGGCCAGCAUCUUCCCCCUAUCAACCCUUACGCGUCUGCCGGUCACCAGGAAAAUUAUCCCUCUUCAGCUGUCGGCAAUCUCGAUGCUGCUUUUAACCUGGACCCCAAGUCUCCGAGACGGCCUGUGCCCCAGCAAGUGACAAGGGGCCCAGUACCCGAGUUCAAGCAACUCUCCUCGCCUGCAGAUCUGCAGCCCAAGGUCAAUUCACAGCCUCCGUUUCGCCGUGCCAACCCUGAGGGCGGUUUCAUCAGUCCUCUCCAAGCUCUAACUGUUCAAUUGCCUGCUACGUAUCGCAUCUGUAACCCUAGCUUCAAAUAUGAGUCGUCGCGCAAUCCUCGCAGAGUCUUAACCAAGCCCAGCAAGGGCACCAAGAACGAUGGCUAUGACAACGAAGACAGUGACUAUAUCCUCUACGUCAACGACAUUCUUGGAUCUGAAGAAGCCGGCCACAAAAACCGUUACCUUAUUCUGGAUGUUUUGGGGCAGGGUACUUUUGGUCAAGUCGUGAAAUGUCAGAAUCUCAAGACGCAAGAAGUAGUGGCUGUCAAGGUGAUCAAGAAUCGUACUGCCUACUUCAAUCAGAGCAUGAUGGAGGUUUCGGUCCUCGAUUUGCUCAACACGAAGCUUGACAAGAACGACGACCAUCAUUUGUUGCGGCUUAAAGACACUUUCAUUCAUCGCCAACAUCUUUGCUUGGUUUUUGAGCUCCUUAGCGUCAACCUUUACGAGCUCAUCAAGCAGAACCAGUUUAGAGGACUCAGCACUACUUUGGUUCGCGUGUUUGCUCAACAGCUUCUCAACGGUCUCGCACUGCUUAACAAGGCUCGUCUGAUACAUUGCGAUUUGAAGCCUGAGAACAUUCUUCUCAAGAAUCUCGAAAGUCCCAUCAUCAAGAUUAUUGAUUUCGGCUCAGCCUGCGACGAGCGACAAACAGUGUAUACUUAUAUUCAAUCUCGAUUCUACAGAUCUCCCGAGGUUUUACUUGGUCUCCCCUAUUCUUCGGCCAUCGAUAUGUGGUCCCUUGGAUGCAUUGUGGUGGAGCUGUUCCUGGGACUUCCCCUGUUCCCAGGAUCUUCUGAGUAUAACCAGGUCUCGCGAAUCGUUGAAAUGUUGGGCAACCCCCCGAACUGGAUGAUCGAGAUGGGCAAACAGGCGGGCGACUUUUUCGAAAAGCGACAAGAUGAGUUCGGAAGACGGACAUACCAGCUUAAACCCAUGGAGCAAUAUGCCCGAGAGCGUGGCACCAAGGAACAGCCUAGCAAGAAGUACUUCCAGGCCAACACCCUUCCCGAGAUUAUCAAGUCCUACCCCAUGCCUAGGAAGAACAUGAAGCAGAGCGAGAUAGAUAGAGAAAUGAACAACCGCAUCGCGUUCAUUGACUUUGUCCGCGGCCUUCUUACAAUCAACCCUCUCGAGAGGUGGUCUCCCCAGCAAGCCAAGCUUCAUCCGUUCAUCACACAACAGAAGUUCACUGGACCUUUCAUACCACCCAUGAAUCUGAAGUCUAGCUCGCUGAAUAGGUCUCCAGCACCUGGCACCCAGCAACAGCAACAGGCCGAGGCACUUAGCAAGCAGCGGGCUCAAGCGGCAGCAGCUCAACAUCAAGCACAACACCAGGCACAACAACAGGCUGCUUCAGCUGCUCCUGCCCCCUAUGCCAACCAGUACGCGCCUCAAGGUCAUACGCAACCGCAGAUGUACGGCAACAACUCAAUGUAUUCUCCCGGAGGCAACCACGCCAAUAUGCCAUCGGCAUACGGCCAGCAACAACAACACGGGCAGUAUGGACAAAUGGUCAUGUCCCAACCGCCUCAGCAGAUGCCUCAGGGGCAAUAUGCACAAAUGCCCCAGCCCAACAUGUAUCAGCAUCAACAAGGUGGUAUGAGGCCAGCACGCCAACGGGCUUCAACCAUGGAGCAGCAACAGAGCGGUAUCCCCGCUGCCAUCCAACGAGUAGCUAGCCAUCUCGACCCCAGUCAGCCGAUUCGUUUACAGCCUAGCCCGGCGUACUACCCACCCACUGGAGAAAGCAUGGCGUCUGGCAGCAUCGAUAACCGCACGGCAGCGGGUCGAAGAGGUAGCCGCGUACAACAGGGUGGUCGAGGCAACAGGGACUUCAUACGCAACUUGGAGGAGCGCACUCUGGAAGAAGGUUUUAUGGGAAACCAGAACACUUGGCAUUGAAGUGGCCUAACCUAACGAGGGACCAGGUGUCCGCGCCAAUCUGUGAUACGAGCGACUUCACUCAAUAAACGAAGCCCUGCCGCCGAAGUCUUUGCGUCAUAGCGUCCAACAGGCCGGAAUUCAUGGUUGGUAACGAAGCAAAACUCAAUGGUGGUUCUAAUGCACUAGAAGUCCGUCCUCCUCCCUUCGUAAUCCAAGCGCCAACGAAGCAAGAGACGCCCCAUGCCAUAUGUGCGUGCUCGGAAUCGUCCACUCGACUUGGUCGGAAUUGGUUAAGAGGAGGUGUGGCUCCAGUUCAUGGCCAGGGACAGUGAACUUUCAGCGUCAAGGUUUCAGUGGGCUCGAAGCAGUGACAUUUAGACUCGAUUACAAUGCUUCAAGCAUUUAUCACAGGAAUAGGCUGAAGCCAAAUUACGCAGAUCCAUGAUGAAAGGGUGGUAUUUGUUUACAGAAUUUCUUUGUCUCGACACGAUGAGGCACGUCUCAGAAACGGCCGCGGAAGUUAUGAGGUUACUCUCGGGACGGCUUUCUUUUUUUUCUCUCGUUAUUUUUCCUGUCAUCAGUAAAGCAAUUGGAGGGACGGGUUUACUGGUCAGGAAUCCAAUAUGGUACAGAGUUGCCAAAUCUCGGCUGAAUAUUAUUCAUGCCUAGUGGGGCCUGGCUGUAGAUAUUGUUAUGCUUGUCUCGACUUGUUGGUGUAUGAUGACGGACGGACCGCGCUUGGUAUAUCAUGGGGUAAGGGUUUGGGUUACAAUUCCCAUCUUGUAGUUGUAUUGGUAUUAUUUGGGCGUGGGCGGCUUCAAAGGGGUCAUUUCUGGGUGGACGAAUCGAGGCAUAAAAUCAUGAAUUACCCUUGAUGAAAGCGAAUGGUUCUCCAUCCUCAAGUGAUACCAUGACUGGGAACUGGGACACUGAAUCGCUUCCACAUGGCCGUAACAUGUUCCCAUUUUUUAGGGGUAUCCGAAAUAUAUAUAGAGAGAGAUAAGAUGAAAUGAUUAGCUUUAAUAGCCCACUUUGGACGUGUGAACCCCGAACGCCCAGCCCAAAAUUUCGUACACCCACUGCUCC